UACUUCUUACUAUAACUACUACACCUUCUUCUGCAUGCGCUUUUCCGGGUCUUUGCUUUGUUUCUUUAAUUUUCUCUUUCUCUUUAGGGUUUCGAUUUCUCCAGGCGGCUCCAAUGUCUUCCACCACUCUUAGCCGAUGGUUGAGGCCUGAGGUGUAUCCACUCUUCUUAGCUGUUGGUACUGCUGUUGGUAUAUGUGGCAUGCAACUGAUUAGGAACAUCUCCACCAACCCUGAAGUGAGGGUGACCAAAGAAAACAGAGCUGCCGGAAUUCUUGAGAACUUCGAAGAGGGAGAGAAAUAUGCUCAACAUGGUCUGCGAAAAUUUCUCCGCAACAAGUCACCCGAGAUCAUGCCGACUGUCAAUGAUUUCUUCUCAAAGCCGAAUUGAAACAAUGCUCGGCAUUCUUUGGAUUUCUGAUGAUUGAGACUGAUUUUUUUGAUAUGUUUUUGGCAAAUUGUUGCAUCUUGUUUUGCUGCUGAAGAAAAUUUAAAGCCUUGGAGUUUUUUAUCUUGAUAAUGUUGUGGAAUAAAGCAGCUUGUUCUUGUUGCCUUACUAAGAACAUUUACGCCUAUUUUUAUAUUUAUAUUUCAUUGGAAUGGA